AUCAAAAGUGUUUUUAACUAAUGAUCAUGAGACAAGUGGCAGCCAAUUCAAAUAAUAAUUACUUCAUAUCUAUGCUGUCAAUGUCAAAAAUAUAAGGGCACCAAGGCAGGCAAAGUGGAUAUUACAAGAGCCACAUUAGUUUAAACAACACCAAUCAAAAGAACCUAUGUCAUAUCUCUUUCAACCAAAUAUAUAAACGAGUUCAGGACAAAAUAAAGAGAACCACUAACUCAUUUACUGCAAAUUAUUAGAAUGAAACAUGUAAAACAAAGGAGCCUAACUUUUACCCUUAUAAAUCCUUAAGAAAUCCUUAGGAAGCCAAAGAAAUAGAAUUAAUUGGAGUUCAUCAGCAUCCCAAGAGUGUGAUCCAUGGUAAAAAGAAAAGGGAGGAAAAAGAAAGAUUUAGGACAUUUGGGGUGACCCCACAUUUCUCCUCUCUAAAUCUCUACCGUUCAACUCAUCCUUCCCUUCUCUAUUUAUACAGACUUCCCAUUUUGUUUAGAGUCUCAAGACACUGGUGUCUUUAUUCUGCAACUAUCAUCAGCAUUACUUCACCAACUUCCUCCCGCCCCGCCCUGCUCUGCCCUGUUCUGCUCUUUUCCUGUACUUCAACUUCAUUCAUCAAUGGCUUGCUUGGAGAUUUGCAACCAGGUCUGCAACCUAAUAAAAUCAUCUUCUUUUUCUCUCUUAUCUUUUGAAUAUGACGAACAGGAAGAAGGCACAUUUUAGAGUGUAUUUUGUUUUUUGGGUACAGAAUUUGCAGGGUGAUGAGACUAAAGAAGAGAGGGAAAUUUGCACUCUUGAUGGGACUCUUGAUUGGCAUGGCCAACCUGCAAUCCGGUCAAAAACGGGAGGAUGGGUUGCUGGAAUCAUCAUACUCUUGAAUCAAGGUCUUGCAACUCUUGCGUUCUUUGGGGUUGGUGUGAACUUGGUGUUGUUCCUGACAAGAGUUUUGCAGCAAAACAAUGCCGAUGCAGCCAACAGUGUAAGCAAAUGGACCGGGACGGUCUACAUCUUCUCUCUUGUUGGGGCUUUCCUCAGUGAUUCGUACUGGGGAAGGUACAAAACUAGUGCCAUUUUUCAGAUCAUCUUUGUCAUUGGCCUGGUUUCACUUUCCAUAACGUCACAGCUCUUCCUGAUCAAACCAAAAGGUUGUGGGGAUGAGAACACCCCAUGCGAGUCACAUUCAAGAUUGGGGACUGCAUUGUUUUACCUCUCCAUUUACCUUAUUGCACUAGGAAACGGGGGAUAUCAACCAAAUAUUGCCACACUUGGAGCAGACCAAUUUGAUGAAGAGGACUCCACAGAGGGGCACUCAAAAGUGGCAUUCUUUAGCUACUUCUACUUGGCGCUUAACUUGGGUUCUCUCUUCUCAAACACCAUUUUAGGGUACUUCGAAGAUGGAGGACUGUGGGCUCUGGGCUUCUGGGUGUCAACUGGCUCAGCUUUUGCAGCAUUGGUUUUGUUUCUUUGUGGAACGCCAAGGUACAGGCACUUCAAGCCAAGUGGUAACCCUAUCCCAAGAUUCUGCCAAGUCAUUGUUGCUGCUGCUAAGAAAUCAACAGUCAGGAUGCCAUCAAGUGAAGAUGAACUAUACAACGUUGAUGGCAAGGACUGUUCAAUGAACCAUAGUAGAAAGAUAUUUCACACCCAUGGGUUCAAGUUUUUGGAUAGGGCUGCAUAUAUCUCAUCAAGAGAUUUGGAUAACCAAGGACAAGGUAUUGACAAUCCAUGGCGCCUCUGUCCCAUCACACAAGUGGAAGAGGUCAAGUGCAUUUUAAGAUUACUUCCUAUUUGGCUCUGCACCAUAAUAUACUCUGUGGUCUUCACUCAAAUGGCUUCCCUCUUUGUCGAGCAAGGCGCUGCCAUGAAAACUACUGUUUCAAACUUCCAUAUCCCACCUGCAAGUAUGUCGAGUUUCGACAUUCUCAGUGUGGCAGUUUUCAUUUUCCUUUACCGCCGAGUCCUAGACCCACUAGCAGGAAAACUUAGAAAAUCAGAUUCUAAAGGGUUGACUGAGCUUCAGAGAAUGGGGACUGGUCUCAUCAUAGCAGUGAUGGCAAUGGUUUCAGCAGGAAUAGUGGAGUGUUAUAGGCUAAAGUACGCCAAAGGCGAGUGCACACACUGUGAAGGCUCGAGCUCCUUAAGCAUCUUUUGGCAGGUUCCACAAUAUGCAUUUAUAGGAGCUUCGGAGGUCUUCAUGUACGUAGGACAAUUGGAGUUCUUCAAUGCACAAACCCCAGACAGAUUGAAGAGCUUUGGUAGUGCACUUUGUAUGACAUCUAUCUCUUUGGGGAAUUAUGUCAGUAGCUUUCUGGUCACUGUGGUAAUGAAAAUAUCAACAGAGGAUCACAUGCCAGGCUGGAUUCCAGGAAACCUGAACAGAGGUCAUCUAGAUAGAUUUUACUUCCUAUUAGCUGGAUUGACAGCAAUUGACUUUGCAGUGUAUAUUCUCUGUGCUAAAUGGUACAAAUGUAUCAAAUUGGAGGGCAAGUGUGAAGAAAGUGAAGACCAGGAGCACAUCAAGGUUUGAUUUGAAGAAAUAUAAACAAGAGCGAGACCGGUUUGAUGCAUAUUUUCUCAGUUUGUGUUAGAAUAAAAGGAAUGGGGCCUAAAGUGUCAGAAGCCUAUUAUUGGCUCAACUCUUAACACCCAAUUCUUUCCGCUUUCUACAACAUCUGACCAAAUAAUUUCAAGUCAUGUUAAGAGCAAGGAUGGCGUGUUAUGACCUGAAGAUUUCUUGUGCAA